AUGCUAAGGUCCGUUAUCUUCAAAAGAUUUGCUACUGGCGGGUACCAUGGGGCUCAACAGAUUUCAAUUCCUAAGAGGCCGUUGAAAAAGAUUCGCCUGGGCAAAGCGAGACCAGCCAUUUACCAUAAGUUUGACGUCCAGGUUGAACUGAGCGAUGGUAGUGUGAUCACCAGACGUUCUCAGUUCCCUAAGGAUCAAAUAAGGCUCAUCCAGGAUCAGAGAAACAACCCGCUAUGGAACCAAAGCAGGGACGACCUUGUAGUCGUGGAUGCUAAUGCGGGCGGUAGAUUGGACAGAUUCAAGCAGAAGUACGACACCUUGUUCAACUUUGAGGCCCCAGCCAAGCAGCCGGCUGCCGACGCCAAGGGCAAGAAUAAGGUUAAGGAGGUCAAGUCUGCGCCUGAAGAGGAGGCAGCAGCCACCCCUGCGGCCGAGGAAGAGGACGCUUUUGGAAUGGACGACUACAUGUCUCUUUUGGACCAAAAUGCACAACAAGUACAAAGCGGUGGCAAGCUUGCCACUAAGAAAAGAGACAAAAAAUAA